GUAUUCAUCCUCAACGUCACUUCUUAUGCAAAUGAUUAUGCUUUAACGAAGAAAAGGAAAGCUCUAUCACCCGAGGAUAUAUACCAGGCUCUUCAAGUAAUUGAAUGUGAUCACAUCGUGACUCCAUUAGUGGACGAGCUUGAGGCAUGGAAACUGAAUAAGGCUAUUCGGUCGGAGGAAACGAGAAAGCGAAAAGCGGAUAAGAAAGCAGCAGCGAGGAUACCUGAUGAAGAUGGGCCGUUCACCAUUGCACCAUCAGAGGAAAUGCGUCUAAGGACUCCAGAGGGUGAACUUGAUCUUGUGUAA